AUGGAUGUUGAUGAGACCUGGGAUGGCCAAUUAGUUGAAACAUCUUCAUUCGAUAGCCAGUUCGAAGAAGAGAAGCCCCUUAAGAAACUCUGGAACAGAUUGUUCGGUCUUUUCAUCUGCGUAUGCGUUGGUAUCUAUGCAGGCUUAAUGUGUAGAACAAUGCAAGAAUCAUGGAUUUAUGCUGCACUUUUCUGUGGUGAAUCUCUUGUUUGCGCGUGCGUUGCUGGUAUUAUCAAGACAUAUUCUUUCAAGAAAUCAAUCACAGCAUUUGCGAUUUACUAUCUUAUUUCUGCUAUUGUUACACCAAUUACUACUUGGUUAUCAUUCGCAUUUAGUUAUUAA